GCUCGUCUUCUUCUUCCCCCAUCCGUUUAGCCCAAACUAUAAUUAUUCUCAGAGGUCGCACCAUUAGUCCCCCAAUCUACACAACACACCAUAACCAAUCUCUCUUCUUCACUCACCAAUUUCCUCAGCGAAAGGGAGCUCAAAAUUCGAACGCUUCCGAUGCACAGCUACCCUUCCAUGUCUGACAUUUUGCCCCUUAUGUUUUGAUUUCUAGGGCACAAUUCGUCCCCCUUUUUUCACAUUUCUCACCCUUCAAAACCCUAGGAGAGAGAAAUUGCCGGCGCAAUUCAACUCCCCUCCAUCCCAGGCUUCUGCCCUAGUUCCCAAUUUCGAUUGCCCUAAUUCCCCAAUUCCCAAUUUCCAGAGAUUCUAUAGAUUUUGGAUUAGAUGGGAGAUUAAAGGUUGUGGGCAUUAAAGUCGGAAUGCAUGGAUGUGAUGUUGGAUCUGCUCUCCUAGUAAAUGCAGAGGUGGAUUCCAUGGGUGGAGUGGUUGACGGCGGAGUUGGUGUUGGUUUGAAAACAUCUCCGCGCCGAGCAGCUAUUGAGAAGGCUCAAGCUGAGCUUAGACAGGAAUAUGAUGUGCGGGAGGAAAGGAGAAGGGAGCUAGAAUUUCUUGAGAAAGGUGGCAAUCCUUUGGACUUCAGAUUUGGUAAUGCAGCUUCUGUUAGUGUCCAGUCUACUUCACUCACUGAUCAGCAUCCAGAACAAUUUGUGACCAGUGAAGCAAAAGGUAGUUUUGCAUUGACUGCAUCACCUCGUGGAGACUCUGUCGAAAGUAGUGGUCGACCAGAGGUUCCUACACUUUGUGAACCCAACAGUGCUGAUAAUCUCUUACUAUUUGAUGGGGACAAUGAUAUACCAGAAGAGGAAAGGAAUUCUGUGCGUAUUAGUAGAAGAAAUAACACCGCUCCAUCAGAACAGUCUUCCCCAAUGGAUGGGACUCAAAAUGCCAAGGAAUCAGAAGACUCAGCAAUUCGUCCUUAUGCUCGGAGGAACAGGUCUAGACCUAAUCGUGAAGGUACACAUUCAAGUUCUACUGAUAAACAGGGUUGUGGUGGACAAGGGUUACCUUCUCGCAGGAUGUUAAAGAAUCUCAAGGGACAGAAAUCUGGAACUAACAACCAAAAGGACCAGAGUCUACCUUCGGUCACUAACGUAAAGUCUGUGAAGUCUAAUGGUGAUUUUUCUCCUAAGGUUGCGACUUCUGAUAAUCUGUUGGAUAUGGACUUUGAUGGGGCACAGGCUCCUGAAAUAUAUACUGGUCCGGCAAAGGAUAGCCCUGAAAGCAAAUUGGAUGUUACAGCUCCUGAAUGUUUGAAAGAGAGCCAACACAUUCAACCAUCUCAGACUGAUACUAAGGAAAUUCUAACUGCUGCUGUUUCAGGGAGAUCUGAUGAGAGGGAUCCAUUAGCUCCAUCUAUACUUGAAUGUCUUCCUUGUGAGGCUACUACAAAGACCGAAAAUGAUAUUAGUUCUGUCCAGGUGAAUGGAUUUAGUAACUUAAAUAGAGAGAGUAAAAGUUUACCAAAUGAAGGUCAAAUUAGCAAUGCACCGGGCACAAAGGGGUUAGACUCAGAAUCUUCUUGUACUCAAACUAGUUUAGGAUUAGAUGUAAAUAAUGAUACUGACGUAUGUACUACAAGGAAUGAUGAUAUUGAAAAUAUCAUGGAAACAUCAGAUGUUGAAGGGCUACAAAUUCCAGCUGUUGAUGAAAUGAUACUAGAAAAGAGUGAAAGCAGAGCUGCUGACAGUAAUGCCACGGUUAAUAAUCUCCAAGCUUCUGGUUUUCAUAACAGCCACUCUGGUUCUCAAGUAAAACUUGAGGGAGAUAUGAAUGAAAGUAGAUCUGAAGUGCAUAAUGAAGUACAACUUCAUCCAAAUACUGAGGGUCAGCAACAAAGUGGUUGUCCUGUAUCAGAAGCUGAAAAGAAACUUCAUGACAUGGUUGAUAAUGGUUCCAUCAUCAAGAAAGAGAACUUUUCGGGCAGAUCCCAGACUCCUCAGGAUAUAUCUAUCUGUGAGGUUCCUGAAACUAUCAUGUCAGGGAUAGACUCUACUAAGGGUUCUGACCAUCAGACUCCUGGUGAUCACUUGAAAGUGGUAGACAAGGCACAUGAAGAUUCUAUUUUGGAAGAGGCUCGGAUGAUAGAGGCCAAGCGUAAGAGGAUUGCAGAAUUAUCCGUUCGCUCUUUACCGUCUGAUAAUCGCCAAAAGUCUCAGUGGGAUUAUGUCCUUGAGGAAAUGUCAUGGUUGGCCAACGAUUUUGCACAGGAGCGUCUUUGGAAGCUAACUGCUGCUGCUCAGAUAUGUCACCGUGUUGCGUUGACAUCACGGUUGAGAAUUGAAGAGCAACAACAACAAAGGGGGUUAAAGAAAGUGGCACAUACCCUGGCAAAUGCUGUCAACCAAUUUUGGCAUUCAGCUGAGACCCUCUUGAAUUGUGAUGAUUCAAGUGAUCGUCAAAAUAUCAUCGAAGGGCCUAACAAAGAGUUGGAGCUGCGAUGGAGCAAAAACUUUUCACUUCCUAUGCAGCGAUAUGCAGUGAGAUUUUUGAAGUAUAAUAACUCUCUUGGUCCUCAACUUCAAGCACAAGCUCCUGCUACUCCUGAGAGAUUGUCUGAUUUAGGCAUUACAGAAAUGUCAUGGGAGGACCAUCUUACAGAAGAAAACCUCUUUUAUGCAGUACCCUCUGGUGCAAUGGAAACCUACAGAAGAUCAAUUGAAUCUCAUUUGGUUCUCAGUGAGAGAACUAGCAGUAGCAUGCAAGAGGAGGUUGAGACAUCUAUGAAUGAUGCUGGCGCUGAAUUUAGUCAAGACGCUCUAUAUGAUGAGGAUGAAGGAGAAACAAGCACUUAUUAUUUGCCUGGGGCAUUUGAUGGUAGCAAGUCAUCAACAUAUAAUCAAAAAAAGCGGAAGGGUUUUAAGUCUUCUAGGACAUAUGAAGCAGGAGCUGAUUUUCCAUAUGGACCAUGUUCAACAACAAAUCAACAGUCCAUGUUGAUGGGGAAGAGGCCUGCUAGUCUUAAUGUUGGCUCAAUACCAACAAAACGCAUGCGCACUGCUUCCAGGCAGAGGGUUGUUAGUCCAUUUGGUGCUGGAGCUACUGGGAAUGUUCAGACUCAAAUUAAGACAGAUGCUUCCAGUGGAGAUACUAAUUCUUUUCAGGAUGAUCAGAGUACCUUGCAUGGUGGAUCCCAGUUCCAGAAAAGUAUGGAGGUUGAGUCUGUUGGUGAAUUUGAAAGACAUCUAUCCUAUGACCAUGCAGAAACAUCAAUGAAGCCUAAAAAAAAGAAGAAGCAAAAACAUCUGUUGCAGGGUUCCACUUAUGACAAAGGGUGGCAGAUGGAUUCACCUACUCAUAAUGACCUGAGGGAUUAUUCGAAAAAGAGAUCAGAAAGUCAUCAUUUUGAGUCUAAUGGAACAAUUGGUUUAUACGGGCAACAUAAUGCAAAAAAGCCGAAAAUAUUAAAGCAGUCUCUAGACAAUACUUAUGAUGGUAUGAUUCCAAUGAUUGGGUCCCUUCCCUCUCCAGUGGCAUCCCAAAUGAGUAAUAUGACCAAUCCGAGUAAAUUUAUCAAGUUGAUCGGUGGUCGGGACAGGGGACGGAAAACCAAACUGAAGAUACCUGUUGGGCAGCCAGGUUACACAAGUCCAUGGUCACUAUUUGAAGAUCAGGCACUUGUUGUUCUUGUGCACGAUAUGGGUCCAAAUUGGGAACUCAUAAGCGACGCUAUCAACAGUACCCUGCACCUAAAGUGUAUCUUCCGCACGCCUAAGGAAUGCAAGGAGCGUCACAAAAGUCUAAUGGAUUUGAAUACUGCUGAUGGAGCUGACAGUGCUGAAGAUUCAGGGUCAUCUCAGCCAUAUCCAUCUACAAUCCCUGGCAUACCGAAGGGAAGUGCCCGACAGUUAUUUCAGCGUUUGCAAGAGCCAAUGGAAGAGGACACUCUUAAAUCUCAUUUUGAAAGGAUAAUCAAGAUUGGACAGAAGCAUCACUAUAGAAGGAGUCAGAAUGAUAACCAGGAUCCGAAACAAGUAACAACAGUCCACAAUUCUCAUGUUUUUGCUCUUUCCCAAGUAUGUCCAAAUAACCUGAAUGGAGGUAGUCUAACGCCUCUUGAUCUCUGUGAUGCCACUUCAUCAAGCCCAGAUCUUUCAUCUGGAUAUCAAGGUUCUCAUACUAGCGGCUUACCAAUGGCAAAUCAGGGUGCUAUGACGUCAUUACUGCCCUCUGGGCCAAAUGCCUCGUUACAGGGAACUUCUGGUAUGGUUCUUGGCAGCAACUUGUCAUCACCAUCUGGCACGCUUAGUGCUACAGUCAGGUACGGUGGUCCAAGGGGAUCUGCUUUACCAGUAGAAGAGCAGAAAAGAAUGCAACAGUACAAUCAAAUGUUAGCUGGUAGAAAUAUUCAGCAGCCCAGCUUAUUAGUACCUGGGGCUCUUCCAGGAACUGAUCGUGGAGUGCGAAUGGUAGCGGGUGCAAAUGUUAUGGGCAUGAUGUGUGGAAUGAAUAGAACCGCAGCGUCAAGGCCAGGGUUUCAGGGAAUGGCUUCAUCCAGUAUGGUGGGGAUACCAAGCCCCGUACACUCUGGAGCUGGUUCUGGUCCAGCUAACUUGGUGUUAAGGCCUCGGGAGGGUCACAUGAUGCGGCCUGCCCAUAAUCCGGAUCACCAGAGGCAGCUAAUGACUCCAGAGCUUCAGAUGCAGGUAAACCAAGGGAAUGGCCAAGGUAUUCCUCCAUUUAACGGGUUGAGUUCUGGCUUUCCUAGUCAGGCAACUUCAUCAGGUGCUCAAAUGUAUCCAGGCCAUCAACAUCAGUUAUCCCCUCAACAAUCCCAUGCAAUCGGUAGCCCUCAUCACCCUCAUCUUCAAGGCCCCAAUCAUGUGACAGGGUCGCAGCAACAAGCCUAUGCCAUGCAAAUGGCUAAAGGAAGGCAGCUGCAUCAACAGCGGUUUUUGCAGCAGCAACAACAGUUUGCACCAUCCAAUCCCUUGGUGCCGCAUGUCCAACCACAGGUCCAACUCCCCAUUUCAAGUUUGCAAAAUAGCUCCCAGAUUCAGUCACAAAAUUCACCUCACGCAGCAGCUAUGCCCCCUAGUACACCAUCUUCCCCAUUGGCUCCCACAUCAUCCCAGCACCAGCAGAAACAUCAUCUGCCACCUCAUGGGAUGAGUCAGAAUCCUGGUGCAAGUGGAUUGACUAAUCAAAUGGGGAAGCAACGACAAAGGCAGCAACACCACCAUCUUCAGCAAUCUGGUAGGCACCACCCUCAGCAGCGGCCAUUUGGGCAAUCUCAGCAGCAGACCAAACAUUCUAAGGGAAUGGGAAGAGGGAACUCGAUGGCGCAUCAGAACCUCUCCAUCGACCCUGUAAACAUGCCCGUUGAUCCAUCUCAUCUGAAUGGACUAUCGAUGCCUCCAGGAAGUCAAGCUCUUGAAAAAGGAGAACAGAUCAUGCAGUUGAUGCAAGGUCAAACUGCAUAUUCUGGGUCUGGCAUCAGCCCAGCAACAUCAAAACCAUUGGUUUCUCAAUCGUCAAACAAUUCUCAGUUGCAGCAAAAGUUGCAUUCUAGCCCAGCAACCUCUUCAUUGAAGCAACUCCAGCAAAAGCCAUCUCAUUCUGAUAACAACGCUCAAGGUCAGGCACCAGCUGUUCCCUCUGGGCAUGCAAUAUCAGCUUCUCAUCAGUCUGUGUCUACAGAAACUAUAUCUUCCUCCCACCAGCAGCAGCCACAACUACAGCAACAGAAGCAAGUUAAUCAGACUCAGCCGUAUGUCCAGAGAGUUCAGCUGAAUCGUCAAGUGAAUUCGGAACUUCCAAUCAAGUCUCAAAGUGAUCUAGCUUCUGCUGAAGAGCAGCCUGUGAAUAGUACUUCUCCGGCGGGUUCAAGCAUGGGAAUUCCUCAGUCCUGUCUUGAUUCGUCCAAUGUAGUACCGGUUUCUUCUGCAAUUGCACAAUGGAAAUCAUCAGAGGCAGCAUAUGAUUCUAAUCUGCCAAAUUCAACAGCUCAAGAGGGUUCACUUGGGAGCACAUCACUGACAAAUUCACCUGGUAAUGAAUCACCGGCACCUGUCAGUCAAGGGUUAGGCCCAAGGCAAGUAUCUGGUAACUUUACCUCUCAUGGGCAUAUUGCUGGAGCACAAUGGCCACAGAAGCAGCUACUGCAAAAGUCACCUUCGCUACCACUCCCUUCCCAACAACUCUACGAGCAACAAGAGCAACAGCAGCAGCCGGAACAAGAAUUACCCCUACAUCAACUGCCUUUGUCACAGCACUCUCAGCGACAAAUGCAGCAUCUGGAAGGUGGUUUAUAUAUGAUGCCUGGUAAUUCAAAAUCGGAAUGAGUGAUUCUAUGGAAUUGAGAAGCUGCAGCCGCCGGUACUGCCAGGGUUGGAUUUGCAUGCCCUUGUUACAGCAGUGUACAGUGCAGAUGAGGCUAAUCAUCAAGGGGAUGAUGUGGUUGUGGCUUUAGCAGGCUUUAUUAUGGCUUAGCUGAACUGCUGAAGUGAUGCUUUAGGGCAUCUCCCUUCAUUUUGGGAAUCAUGUAAAUUACCACUGGGCUAGAGCUCUGGGAAGAUAGACUGAUAUAGAGGUAUGUGUACAGGGUCUUAUCUUUCCUUUCUAGUGCCUUUCUUUCUCAUUUAUGUUCUUUCUUUCUUUACUUUAUUUUCGAUGGUCUCCUUGCUAAUUUGUGAGGGACAUUAUUUCUUUUUGGCCCAGUAGAUUAGCGCAUGUAUUAUUACCCUUUCAGAUUAAGGGUGGUGCAAUCAUUUUUAUGGGCAAAGCCUUUGGAAAUUUUGUGAAUAUUAGAUGCUGGUUAUACAUUGGUCAAUGGAAUUAGAAACUAUCACUGCCAUCUGCCCCUGUGGAAUAAAUGUAAUCUCUGUACCGGUUCUGAAAUCUAUAAUGCAAUGAGUCAAUCAUCCAGA